GUUUCUGGAUGUGCUGGCAGCCAGGAAGGACCCAACAGGUCUGGCUGGAGAGAUGUUGAUAGACGGAGCUCAACCUCCCAACUUCAAAUGCCUCUCAGGAUACGUGGUCCAGGAUGAUGUGGUGAUGGGAACUCUGACUGUGAGGGAGAACUUCCGUUUCUCUGCGGCGUUGCGUCUUCCGUCCUCCGUCAGCCAGAAGGAGAAAGAGGACAAAGUCAACCGACUCAUCACAGAACUGGGCCUCACUAAAGUAGCAGACUCACGGGUUGGUACCCAGUUGAUCAGGGGAAUAUCAGGAGGGGAAAGGAAGAGGACAAACAUCGGUAUGGAGCUGAUCAUCGACCCUCCUGUUCUCUUCCUGGAUGAACCCACCACCGGCCUGGACGCGAGCACAGCUAACUCUGUACUACUACUGCUCAAGAGGUAGAACCUGGGUAUUGUAGUU